AUGGGAAGAGACGAUGAGAAGGCGACCAGGGGUGCACGGACGCUUGUACUCCGUGGCGGUCCCGGCAGCGCAGGAAUCCCAGCACUCGACAACGACGACCAGCGAGACGAGCAAAUGGCGGCCGAUCAGAGCGGGCGCGGGAACGGGGGCGGUGUCCUCGACAGCGCCGCCUCCUCGCGCGUGGGCGGCAACCAUGAUGAGGGCCCUGUGGCACUUCGGGCAUCCACAUCCUCGCGCACCAUCAUGUACGCGCCCAGUGGCCGAGUGCGCACGUAUCAUGUUUCACGACUUUUCUCGAAUAAGACGACCCACUGGGCCAUGCCGAGACCGUUUCAUUAA